AUGCCAGGUUAUGAUGACAUGGUUGAUUUUGAUGGGUUCCAAAAUCUUCGGUACUUGAGUUUGGCCAAUUGUCAGCUCACUGGUCAAAUACCUGUAUGGUUAUCAAAGCUCAAGAAUCUAGAGAUCUUGCAUCUGGAGAAUAAUCAAAUCACAGGGCCAAUUCCAAGUUGGUUGGGGACUCUUCCUAGACUUUUUUCUCUAAACUUGGCAGGUAACCGAAUUUCAGGUGAAUUUCCAAAGGAACUUUGUGGACUACCAAGAUUGCUUUAUGAACCUUUUGAAGAAGACACUUACGAACUUGAAUUGCCUCCCCUCGGCCACAAACCCGCAAAUCCAACUUUUCUACCGCGCAGAUUGUCUUUCAUUCCAGCAAUGAUAGACCUAUCUCGCAAUAACAUAGAUGGUGAUAUACCUAAUGAGACCAGCCAAUUGCACCUUCUCUGCUUGUUGCUUCUUCACUCUAACAGCUUCUCCAGCGUCAUUCCAAACCAAAUAUCUAACCUUAAAAAUUUAGAGGAGUUAACCCUCUCCAUGAAUCAUUUGUCUGGGAAAAUUCCAUGGUCAUUAACAGCCCUUAAUUUCUUGAAAAAAUUUGAUGUCUCAUACAAUAAUCUCGAAGGACCAAUGCCAACAAGCACUCAGAUCCAAAGCUUCGAUGCUUCUGCAUUUGAGGGGAACCCAAAGCUUUGUGGUGCCCCAAGUCUAAAUAAGUGCGAAACAAAUAACACCAUUGAUGCAGAUGGUAAGAACAAACAUGCGGGCUAUGGGCAUCCACAUCAACUUCCAUGGUUUUAUAUUUCUUCUGUUGUGCUAGGGUUCAUAGUGGGAUUUUGGGGAGUCUGUGGUUCUUUAAUUAUUAAGAAGAGAUGGAGGUAUGCAUAUUUUGGAUUCAUAGACAAUGUACAAGAUAGGCUCUAUGUGAUGAUGACAGUGAGCAUGAACAGGAUAAAGAGAAGGCUUCGAGCCUAG